AUGGUUAGAGCUGAUGCUACCGCGUGUAUCAAGGUACUGCUGAAUACGAUAGAGGCCCAUUUCGGUUUUAGACCAACAUACAGGAGGGUUUGGUUGGCUAAGCAGAAGGUUGUGACACAGCUUUACGGAGAUUGGAAUGAGUUAUGCAAUGAGUUUCCGCGAUGGGUACUAGGUGUGCAGACAAUGAUGUUAAGUAGUGUUGCAGUGUUGAGGAUGAGUUCUGUACGAGUUGGUGGGCAAGUGGAUCAGAGUACAUUGCUUGUUGCGAUUACUCAGAACGGGAACUCUAACAUCUUGCCUGUUGCAUUUGCACUUCUGGAGGGUGAGAAUGUCGAGUCGUGGUCAUUUUUUCUAUCCCAUCUCCGCCAGCACAUCACUCCGCAGCCAAGUAUUCUAGUGAUAUCGGAUCGGUAUAACAGUAUCAAUGCCACACUUGAGGCUCCCGACGGAGGUUGGCUACCACCCGCUGCAUACCGUGCAUUCUGCAUUCGACUUGUGGCUGCAAAUUUUGCCCUGAUUUUUAAGGGCAAGGAUGCACGUAGGCUUCUGGUGAAUGCGACCUAUGCCAAGAUUGAGGUUGAGUUUGAUUACUGGGUUGAUAUUCUACGAACUGACGACCCUGCCAUGUGUGACUGGGCUAACAGGAUUGAGUAUGUAAUGUGGACUCAGCAUCAGGAUGAGUGCGGACCGUGGUAG